AUGAGAGCUGUUCUCCGGACUGUCCUGCGGACCGCUCCCGUCCAGCUGGCCUCCUCGGCCGGCCUCGGCUUCUCCGUGGCACGCAUGUCAACAGUUGUCGCCGAUCGGGUUGUUCCGUCACCAGCAUCCCCUCCCCCACCCCCGCCUCUGCCACAGCAAUCGCAACACCAAACUGCAUCCCAAGUGCAUGAUGCUGAACGCCGGCACAGAGCAGCACGAAUUUUGCGCGAUGCAGUUGCGGCGGAGGGUCCAAGACAUAACUGGACCAGGGAAGAGAUCUCGGCCAUCUUCUACCAACCUCUGAUGGAACUGGCCUAUCAAGCUGCCAGCGUACACCGUCGAUUUCACAACCCCGCGGAGGUCCAGCUCUGCACGUUGAUGAACAUCAAGACCGGCGGCUGCACCGAGGACUGCUCGUACUGCGCCCAGUCCACCCGCUACCAGAAAGGCACCGGUCUCGAGGCCAAGCGCGUGGAAACUGUCGAGUCCGUUCUGGAAGCCGCCCGCAUCGCCAAGGAAAAUGGCAGCACUCGGUUCUGCAUGGGCGCGGCCUGGCGCGACAUGCGCGGCCGCAAGAACAGCCUGCGCAAUAUCAAGGAGAUGGUCUCUGGCGUGCGGGCCAUGGGCAUGGAAGUCUGCGUCACGCUGGGCAUGAUCGACGAGGAGCAGGCAAAGGAGUUGAAGGAGGCCGGCCUGACGGCUUACAACCACAACGUUGACACCAGCCGCGAGUUCUACCCCAGCAUCAUCUCGACCCGCACCUACGACGAACGGCUCAAGACGCUCGGCCACGUCCGCGACGCCGGCAUCAACGUUUGCUCCGGCGGCAUCUUGGGCCUGGGCGAGACGUCUGAGGACCGCAUCGGACUGCUCCACACGGUCGCUACCCUGCCGAGCCACCCUGAGAGCUUCCCGGUCAACGCGCUGGUGCCGAUCAAGGGGACGCCGCUGGGGGACCGCAAGCCGAUUGAGUUUUCGAGCAUGCUGCGCACCAUUGCUGCGGCGCGGAUCAUCAUGCCGGCCACGAUCAUCCGCAUUGCGGCGGGGAGGAAGACUAUGUCUGAGGAGCAGCAAGCUCUGUGCUUCAUGGCGGGCGCGAAUGCCAUCUUUACGGGUGAGAAGAUGUUGACAACUGAGUGCAAUGGGUGGGAUGAGGAUGCGGCAAUGUUCGGGCGCUGGGGCUUGCAGCCGAUGAAGAGCUUCCAGAAGUCGCCUGUAUCGGCGGGUGAUGUCGCUGCCAGUCAGGCUUGA